AUGCAUGGUAUUAGCAGCAUAAAAACUCAGCAGGGGUCUGGUACGAAUUCUUCGCCAAAGUUGGGAUCAGGUUCUCGGGGGAAUAGUAGUACUCCCGGAGAGAUUUCUCCUGCGAGGGAGAUUGAAACUGGAACUCCGAUUGCAUCUGUCAGGGCUGCAGUUAGUUUAUUUGGGGAAGCUAAUUCCCCAAGCAACAGGCAGCUUCUAAAGAAAAACAAAUCAUCAAUUGACGAGGGAGGAAGGAUGGAGAAGGAAUCACAACUUCAUUUGUUACUUAAGGAUCUGGACAAGUACAAGGAACAGCUGAAAAAUGCAGAAAGUACAAAAGGCCAAGCACUUCGCGAUUUGGAAGCAGCGAAUAAAACACUGCAAGAAUUAACAUCCAAGCUGGAGACUAUUAGUGACACAAAGCAAGCAUUGAUCCAGGCCACAGAGUCUGCCAAGAAGCGAGUGAAAGAACUUGAAGAAUCAAAAUCCAGCAAUGACCAAGAGGUUGACGUGGAGAUGAAUCCGGACCUGGUCAAGGAAAGAGAACGGUACAAGGCCUGUAAUGCUGAGCUAGUUUCAGUGAAACAAGAACUCACAACCCUUAAACAGGAUUUUGAUGCGGCCUCAAAAAAGAAGGAAACCGCGCUUCAAGAGGCUAAAGAUGCAGAACAAGCUGCCAAACUUAACAAAGAGAAGGCAGGUGGGCUUUCUGAAGAAAUUGCUAACAUGAAUGAAACUCUUAAGCAGGCAAAACUUGCAACCACUAAGGUCCAGGAUGAGCACUCGAAACUUAUGGAGGAGAGAGAAGCCCGGUUCAGAUCUCUUGCUGAAGCCAAGGCAGACAAAGAGGAGAAAAUCAAGAUCUUAAAGAAAGAAGCCGAGGGUCCAGAACUGGGUGGAAACCUUGAAGAGAAGAUGGAAGAAACAUCAGAAGCCAUCAGAGUAGUUCAAGAACAACUUAAAGAUGUUCGUGCUGCGGAUCAAGAAGAGUUGAAGACUGUAACUUCAGAGCUGGAAGAAGCCAAGAAACAUCUGCAAGAAGUUCAAGCAGAAGAAAGCUCAGUACGAAAAGAAGUGGAACCCCUAAAGCUUGAACUAGAGAAUCUUAAGAAGGAAACUUCAGACCUGAAGGAGAAAGAACAAAAAGCCGAAGAACUCACAAAGACUUUACAAGCUAAACUAGACGAAAGAAAGAAGGAACUUGAAGCUGCGGUGGCUGAACAGAAGAAAACAUUUGAGGAAUACGAAAGCCUCCAGUCAAAACUCCAAGAGGUAACAGCUGAAGCAGAGAAAGCAAGAAAAGAAGCCGAAGAUAUGUAUAAAAACAUAGAAGCAUUGAAAAAAGAGGCUGAAACAUCCAGAGCCAUUGAGAAGGAAACCGAGGAAAAACUGGAAAUUGCACUGAAGGAAGCUGAAGAAGCAAAAGAAGCAGAGAAGCUUGCUAAUGAGAAAAUGAAGGCUAGUCAGGAAACAGAACCAGAGAAAAGCGGAAAGAUCAGAUUGCCAAAAGAGGAAUUUGAUUCUCUGACAAAAAAAGCGAAGGAAGCUGAAGAUGCUGCUACUGCGAAAGUAGCCAGUGCCAUGGCAAAAGUGGAAGCCAUCACCGCAAGUGAAAGAGAUACGCUUGCAAAGCUGGAAGAUAUCUUGAAAGAGACUGAGGAUGUUGAGGCUGCAACUAAUGAGGCUAUUAAGCAAGCUGAGACGGCUGAGAUGGAAACAAAGGCCCUUGAGAGUGAACUUGAAAAGCUGCGCAGCACUUAAGUAGAGCAGCUUCUUAAUCUGCAUCAAGGAUAUAGAGAAGGAGAUGUGAUACAUAUCUGAGAUUUAGGAGUAAGAAUCAAACUAUUGCAGCAAGUAUAUAACUUGUUCUUAAAAACAAAGAUUUUUUUUUUUUAAUUUUCUGUGUA